CUUGUUGAGACAGAGACGAAGAGAAGUAACGCGGCCACACCCGCCGAGAGAAGCGCACAGACCUCGACUGGAUUGCAGCCAUGGCUCUGAGGACGCGAUGGUCUCACCUGUUCCUCCUUUUGUGCUCCGUGCAGUUCUGCCUGUGUCUGAACGAUAUAAAUACCAAAGGCUUCACUGGUACAGAGACCGUCGAAGGAGUGUUGGUCAAUUCUCCAGCCACAGAAGUCCUGAACAGUCGUCUUACAACCGUCUUCCUCCCGAUUAUCUACAUCAUCGUGUUUGUUUUGGGGCUGCCCGCCAACGCCCUGGCAGUCUGGGUAUUCCUCUUCAGGACCAAGCAAAAGCACCCGGCAUCCAUCUACAUGGCCAACCUGGCUUUGGCUGACCUGCUCUUCGUCAUCUGGGUCCCCUUAAAAAUUGCGUACCACUUCAACGGCAACAACUGGAUCUACGGAGAGCCGCUGUGCAAAGUGCUGGUGGCGUUUUUCUAUGGCAACAUGUACUGCUCUAUCGCCUUCAUCGCCUGUAUAAGUGUACAGCGUUACUGGGCCGUGGUCCAGCCGCUCGCCCACCGCCAGAGAGGCAACCGUACAGCUAUUGCCAUCUCCAUCGCAAUCUGGGUGGUGGUCUGGCUCAUCACGGUCCCUCUCUACCUGUACGAUCAGCAGGUCCGUGUGACAAACCUCAAUAUUGCCACCUGCCACGACGUCACCAGGCCGAGUCAGAAGAAAAUGGCAGCAGGCUACUUCCUGACAAUGGGAAUUCUGGGAUUUGUCGUUCCCUCCAUUGUGUGCAUCAUAUCCUACGUUCUCAUGCUCAGGGCUCUUAGGAACAGUAUGGCGGACCCAGCCAUCGCCAAGAGGCGGCAAAAGGCCGUGGUCUUGAUCGUCACCGUGCUGAUUAUGUUUUUAGUGUGCUUCACCCCCAGUAACAUCAUGUUGCUGGUGCACUACAUCCUCCUGUUGGCCGAGGCUCCCAACAACCUGUACGGAUUCUACAUCACCACCUUGUGCUUGGCGAGUCUCAACAGCUGCUUCGACCCUUUUAUCUACUACUUCAUCUCUGAGGACUUUAGGGAGCAUGUGAAGAACACGUUCCUCUGCAGGAGCGAGAGGACAGUGGAGAGGAUGAGGGUCUCCUUCAGCGCUCUGAAGUUCUCCAAGAAGAGCAACACGUACACGUCCGAGUCCGGGAACACCAAGAGCACUGACUGCUAGCGCCUUGCUGGUUUUUAAGCUAAUUAUUAAUUAUUAAACUUCCCUCAGGUAUAACAUAAAAUGAAAGGAGUCGUCUGUGGUGAUGACGGCCUGCAUGCUUUAUGCUGUCUUUAAGUUACUGCGUUUUUAUUUUUGUAAAUUAAUUUUUAUUUUUUAUAUGAUAAAACAACUUUUAUUUAAUGCACUUUUUAUUCCACGCUGUCAUUUUACUGAGAUGAAUUCUUUGUCAGCGUUUUGAUGUGCCAGAUGGUUUUGAGACCGAAAAUGGGAAACAUUUAGCAUGUUGUAUGAUCCAUGAUACGUGCUUUACGUUUGUGUGUAUAUAUCCUGUAUGUGUUUUUAAAGUAAUAAGUUUUACUUGUAGAACUACAUUUUAAAGUUUGCCAAUAAAAAGUAAGCCAACUAACUAUAUUUUUACCCUGGGCUACUAUCUGCAGGUCUUUUAAAAGUCUCAAAAAGCAACUGAACUCAGAGAAAACCAUCUGAAAGGGUAAUAAAAAGCCCUAGUUUACAAUAAUAUACACCUAUAAACUAAAAGUGGGAUUGUUGUGAUAGAGGAUUGGGCUGUUCAUUUCUUUUUGGGCGUUCAGAUGGUAUGAUUGCAAUACGGGUAUUAAAUUACACUGUAUGUGGUAUUUGUCUUUAAUUUAACUGGGUCAGCCCUGCAGUAACGUUGUAUUUGCUUACUGACAUUUUCUCUGACUUUACUGUCGGGCAGACAGUCGGAAAGGUCAAACUCGGUGUUCCUUAUUUUCAAAAUAAACUUUACAUUGGACCUUUUCCAAAAUUCCAUGUAUGUUCUAAACUAGAGUAGAACAUGGUUUCAUCCCAAAUUAAAGAUGUACAGUAAAAAUUUUUUUGUGUAUGGAAAUGUCCUUUAAAAGAUUUUUACCUCUUCCAGUGACAAUAGAAACAAUGUGAAAUAUCUUCUAAAUUGUUGUCAUUGCUUUUGUGUAACAAAAAAUUGUUUUCAAAUCACAAUUGAUGUUAUCAGGUGGGAUAUAUUAAACUUUUCAAUGAAAGAAAGAGAAACUAUAUUUUUCAACAUAUU